UAUAUAUAAGAUGAACAGGUAGGAAUCAGGAAGACAGUCGACAACUGGACUCCUCUGCAUCAACAUCAUCAGCCAUGAAGUUCCUCCUGCUCUCUGUGGCAGUUACUCUCACAGCUGGACAACAGUUCCAGCAGAGUCUGGAGUUCAACCCAGCCGUCAGGCUUGCUGGUCCAGGAUUCUUCCAGCAAGGAAGCUCCUUCAGGUCUAGUUCCAGUGUUGAUAACAGCAACAGAAAUAAUCAGUUCCAAAAUCGUGGAUCAAAUGUCCAGUUCAGUUCUCUUUCCAACAACAGAAACUCAGAGUCACUAGUAAGGUUCCAGAAUGACAACCAGUUUCAGUCUGGAAGGACAUCUUUCCAGCAGGACCAGCAAAAUACUUUGAAUUCAUUUGAUUCAAGCAGCCAGAAUAGGCUCCAGGCUCAAUCUCUUCAACAAAAUCAGCAAAAUACAUUCUCCUCUACUGGUGCAUUCCAGCAAAAUAGUGGCAAUCAGUUCCAGUCAACCAGCAGUGUAACAACAUCUCAGAUCAACGAUGGUCUCAGGUUUGAUUUGAACCGAGGAAAUUCUCUCAGUCAGCCUCAGACUUUCACUGACAACCAACAAGACUCAAGAAGAAACCGCCUUACAGCAAUCAAUGUCCAGCUAACCCCAUCAGUUCGCUUCCAGGACCAGCAGGUAACUGGAACUUCUCUCCAAACCAACAGAAAUCAACAGAACAAUGAUAAUCGCUUCCAGCAAACUAGCUUCACUGAAACAAGGUUCGUAAACAACAACAAUAACAACAACAUCCAGUUCAACACCAACAGCCAGGUGUCAUCCACAGGCCAAUCUCAGUCCAGCAACAGACAGCAGCUGAACGCGGCUUCCUCCCUCAGCCAGUUCACUGACGAGGUCAACGGCGUCUUCGAGCCUUUGAACCUGCCGUCGGGCGCCACCCUUUUGCUGGGCAGGAUCUCGUCCUCCUUCAGCUGCGCCGACAGACCUUAUGGUUACUACGCUGACCAAGAGAACUCGUGUCGUGUGUUCCACGUUUGCAACCCUGCUCUGUUCUCUGAUGGCAAGAUCGAAACCUACCAGUACAGCUUCAUGUGUGGCGAAGGAACAGUCUUCGACCAGGACGAGCUGACCUGCAAAGUGGAGUAUGACGCAACGCCCUGCCAAGAGGCUGCCAACUUCUACUUCAGAAACGAGCAGUUCGGCCGUGUGGAGGAAAGGAAUUUCUAAAACUGUUUUUCAUAGACGAUGACGAAGGAAGUUAGAACCCGAGCAUUCUUAGUGUAAUCCUAAGUUAGGUGGAUUUUCUACAUCCAAAGGGGAUGAAUGGGGGAUUAACUAUGUAUACCAAUACGCUGUUAUAUGCAAUAAAUAC